AUGGUCCUGGACGCCGUCAUCUGGUCGCUGCCCCACUUUGUCGUUUGGACGCUCCAACUGCGACGAGCCCACAAGAUUGCAAUCACCAUCAUUUUUGGACUCGGGGUAUUCAACGUCAUCAUAGCCGCCUUCCGUAUCACUUCGUCCACCUGGGUGGAUUUCCGCGGCGAUUUCACCUACGACGCUGCACCAUCUAUGAUAUGGUGUUUCGCGCAGGCCAGCACUGCUAUCAUACUCGCCUGCUGUCCGCUGCUGAGGCCCGUCUUCGAGAAAUUGAUCCCGGCGAGGCUCACCCGCGUCUCCAGCUCCAGCUCGAAGAACGGGCAGGCGUCUAUGCGUCUACCAAAGAGCAUCCGCAUGACGAGACAAAUCGAGGUCCAUGACGAUUCGGCCCAGCGGCACGAAACCGGUUGCUUCCACGAUGGACAGAUGGAGCCUUGGGGGCCGACUUUCGAAGUCCAGCCUAGGCGGAGGGCUUCGCGCUUGAGUAUCCCAUGCGUCUGA